AUGGCGACUGGAGAGUCUGAAUCGUCCGAGGACCACCUGAACGGACUCCAGCUGGAGGCGGUCAUCGGCUUCAAUGGGCAUGUUCCAUCUGGUCUCAUCUGCCACCCAGAUCGGGAGCACUUCAUCUAUCCACUGGGUUGUACAGUUAUCGUGCAAGGCAUAAAUGUUCGUACUCAGGAUUUCUUACAUGGUCACACCAACAAUGUCUCCUGUGUCACGGUUUCUUCAAGUGGAUCUUAUGUGGCUUCUGGUCAGAUCACAUUCAUGGGCUUCAAGGCAGACAUUAUUUUAUGGGACUACCAAAAAAGAGAAAUGUUGGCUCGGUUGUCUCUUCACAAAGGCAAAAUUGAAAAUCUCGCAUUCUCUCCAAAUGACCUAUACCUUGUGUCACUGGGAGGUCAGGAUGAUGGAAGCAUGGUGGUGUGGAGUGUCCAAAAGAAAGAAGCCAUUUGUGGCAGUCCUGCUUCUGCUCGUAGUGCCGGGAAUCCGACCACACUGGUGUAUUCCAACUGCAGGGAUGAGAUGUUUGUUAGUGCUGGAAAUGGUACGAUUCGCUUAUGGGAACUGGAUUUACCAAACAGAAAAAUCCGACCUACUGAGUGUCAAACCGGACAGCUGAAAAGAAUAGGUACUUGUGCUAUGAUGACAGACGAUGAUAGUUACUUCUAUAUAGGCACGUCCACUGGUGAUGUCCUGAAACUCAAUACAAAAAGCACACUGAUGAGUGAUUAUGGCCCAAUAAAAGAGAAGUUCAGCCUGGGAGUCACAGCUUUGCUUUUAUUGAAGACAGGCGACUUAGUCAUUGGCACUGGAGCUGGAAUUGUAGCUCACUGCUCAGGAUCCAACUAUAAAGCUAUCAAAAAAGUUCAGUUGCAAGGUGCCAUCACAUCCAUCACGCCACGAGGGCAGGGCCACCAGUUUUUUGUGGGUACUAUUGAGGCACAAAUUUAUCGCUUCUCAUAUUCGGACUUUAAGGAUGAGCUCAUCGUCACCUGCCACAGCGAGGCCAUCCACGAUAUUGUUUUCCCAUAUGGUACAUCUGACUUAUUUGCCACCUGCUCCAAGAGUGACAUCCGAGUGUGGUAUACACCUGAAAACAGGGAGCUGCUACGAAUAACAGUUCCCAACAUGACCUGCCAUGCAAUAGACUUCAUGAGAGAUGGCAAGAGCAUCAUAUCAGCUUGGAAUGAUGGGAAAAUCCGUGCCUUCACUCCAGAGACUGGACGGCUGAUGUAUGUGAUUGAACAUGCUCAUAGCAUGGGUGUGACAGCUGUGGCUACCACAAGUGACUGCAAAAGAAUCAUCAGUGGAGGAGGCGAAGGCCAGGUGAGAGUGUGGGAGAUUAGCAAGAGCACACGUAAUUUGGAAGAGGUUAUGAAAGAACAUAUCUCUUCUAUUUCAUGCAUCAAGAUCAAGAAGAAUAAUCGGGAAUGUGUCACUGCCAGCAUCGAUGGAACGUGCAUUAUCUGGGAUCUUGUUCGUUUCAUGAGACGUCAGAUGAUCCUGGCUAACACCUUAUUCAAGUGUGUGUGUUAUCAUCCAGAUGAGCACCAACUUAUCACAAGUGGCACAGACAGGAAGAUUGGUUACUGGGAAGUGUUUGAUGGAUCCCCAAUCAGAGACUUAGAAGGCUCCCUGUCUGGUUCUAUCAAUGGGAUGGAUAUCACGGCUGAUGGAACUUUCUUUGUUACUGGAGGUGAUGACCACCUGGUGAAAGUAUGGGAUUAUAAUGAGGGUGAAGUGACUUAUGUUGGGGUUGGCCACAGUGGCAACAUCACCCGCCUGAAGAUCUGCCCUAACAACAGAUACAUUGUGAGUGUAAGCGCUGACGGCGCCAUCCUUCGCUGGAAGUACCCUCAUACCAAGUGA